AUGGAUUUCGAGAGCUUGAAGAACCAGGUCAGCAAUCUGACACUUUACGACCUGAAGGCAGGUGUGCGUAAAGUGCAGAAUGCUGUCAUGAACUACACAGAAAUGGAGUCCAAGGUUCGAGAAGCCACCAACAACGAGCCUUGGGGAGCAUCCACCACCAUGAUGAACGAGAUUGCCGCCGGAACCUUCAACUAUCAAGUUCUCAAUGAAAUCAUGCCCAUGAUCUACAAACGCUUCACAGAAAAGACCGCCGAGGAAUGGCGACAGAUCUACAAGGCUCUCCAAUUGCUCGAAUUUCUGAUCAAGAACGGCUCUGAGAGAGUCAUCGACGAUGUCCGAUCCCACCUUUCCCUCAUCAAGAUGCUGCGCCAAUUCCACUACAUCGACCAGAAUGGCAAGGACCAAGGCAUCAAUGUUCGCAACCGAUCAAAGGAACUCACCGAACUUCUCAGCGAUGUCGACAGAAUCCGAGCUGAGCGUAAGAAGGCAAGACAGAACAAGAACAAGUACGGUGGUGUUGAGGGAGGUGCUGGUCUUGGAGGCUCAUCCUUCACCUCUACUAGUAGAUACGGAGGCUUUGGCAGUGAUUCCGCCCCUGGAGGCUAUGGUGGAGCUACAAGACAAGUCUACGGCGAUGGCGGCGGCUUCGGAGGCGAGACGGUCCAAGACGACUGGGAAGAGCGUAGCCAGAGCCGCAGCAGGGGUCAAGACCGAUUUGACGAAUACGACGAGUACGAUGAGGGUGCAUCAGCAGCACCACCGAGAAGAAAGAUCGAGUCAUCAAGGGCUGGAACCAAGACGUCAACAGCAGCAGCCAAGAAACCUGAACCUCCCAAGCCCAAGGAGCCCGAAGUUGACCUUUUCAGUUUUGGCGAUGACGAGCCCGCAGCACUUGCGGCACCUUCUUUGCCCGCCAUGUCCUCUAACGGCAAGCAGCCAGCUGCAGCUGACGAUGGAUUCGGUGCUCUUCAGUCAGGUGGUGCUGAUGACGACGACUUCGACGACUUCCAAUCUGCUGCCCCAGCUGCUGCUCCCGCUCCUGCAAUUGCAGCAGCUCCCAAGCCCAACUACACCCCUAACUACACAUCAAUCGCACCCCCUGUAUCGACCGCCACACCCAACACUCAAUUCGCACAGCCCCAGCCAAGACAGGGCACUAACAACGCUGCCUUCAGCAAUCUCUUCUCUACCACAUCACCCGUCACUGGUGCAGCAGCUCCCCCACCACAAAACAUUGCAUCGCCAAUGUCGACGAACCAACCACGUGCAGGUGGAUACCAAGCUGCUCAGCCCAACUACUUCACAUCUGUCAGCGCCACUCAAUCUCAGCCAGCAUCGACAGUGGCUUCUCCCGGUGUCAAAUCGCCUAUCGGAGGUGCUCCCAAGCCCAAAGCUAGCGGAGACGCAUUUGCCUCGCUCUUGUCUGGUACUAACAUGAAGAAGUCUGGCGCGCCCAGCAACAAAGGACCUACCAUGGCAGACAUGGCCAAGCAAAAGGCUAGCGCUGGUAUCUGGGGAGCAACUAGCUCUUCUAGUCCUGCUACACCAGCUGCUCCUCAGUAUGGCGGCCAGAAGACUGGUGGAGUUAUGGAUGAUUUGCUUGGAUAA